CACAUCUCGGUCACAGUUAGAAGUAAAAUGAUCAUUUUCGUCUUCCUAGCAUCCCUGGUUCAUCUCUCCGCGAGCCAUUCAGCAGACUCUGACGUCAGCGACUGGCAGACGACCAUAGAGAUGCAGCUCCGCGUGCUACAACAAAAUCUGGAUCAAUACGUGAAGAUAAAUGGUCAACUUCUGGAGGAAAAUCAACAACUAAAGAUACGAGUUGGUGACAUCGAAAGAAAUAACAAUGGCAUGAAUAUUAAAGUUAGAAAUCUGGAGAGAGUGAUCGAUGAACUGAAAAUAAGUCAUGAACAAUGCCGAAAGGAUUUCGUUAAGCUUUCUGAGUCGAAAAUGAAUCUUUCACGAGCUAAUGGUGUGAAUAUAAACAGUCUAGAAGUACAAAACAAAACCCAAUCAAUGGACACUAGAGUAGAUUCAAUUGUCGCGAAUAAGCAAGGCCAAAAACGAAUAGUUCCUCCCACCUCUGCUCCAACAAUUCAGCAAAGACCAGCUUUCCACAGCUAUUUAUCUGCAGAUUCUGUACCAGAUCUUCGUCAACACCAUACACUUAUAUUUGACGCAGUCACGGUUAAUAUAGGCCAAGGUUAUCACAAGGACGAUGGGAUAUUCGUCGUCCCCACAUCGGGCGUAUAUGUGUUUGCCUGGACCAUUGCUAUUCAAACAAAUGGCUGGGCUAGCGUUGAGAUUGUUGUCAACGGAGUUGUGUCUGGAUCGGCUUUUGCGGAUGGCUCGGACGAUGCAUGGGACGAAGCUGGGGGUCUAAUUAUAGUGGACGUGAAUGUUGGAGAUCAUGUCUACAUCAGGAUGCAUGAAAAUGGCAACGGCGUAGUAAGCAGCAAUGGUAGAGGACGAACCUCAUUUACGGGUUGGAGUCUGUCUUAAUACAGAAUAUUUACACAUGCAGACCGAUUUCUGCUGAUCAGUUCUUGAUGCAAUAAAAUGUUAUUGAAUAUUU